UGACGUCACGCCCCGCGCGGCCCCUCUUCCUCCCUGGUUGCCACUUCCCGUUCACAGCGAGGCGACGGCUGCUCAACAACAUGGUGCGAUUAGCUCUGCUGCUGCUGGUGGCCCUGGCGGUGUGUGGUACGGUGCGCACUGACGAGGGGGCGAGGCUACUCGCCUCCAAGAGCCUCCUCAACAAGUACGCGGUGGAGGGGCAGGAUCUUACGGUGCAAUACAACAUCUACAAUGUGGGCUCCAGUGCCGCCCUGGAUGUGGAGCUGAAUGACGACGCCUUCCACCCCGAGCAGUUCGGUAUCGUCUCAGGGAUGCUCAACGUCAAGUGGGAGAGGAUCGCCCCGGGGAGUAACGUGUCGCACUCCGUCGUGCUGCGGCCGCUUGUGCCGGGCCUCUUCAACUUCUCAUCCGCCACGCUUUCUUACCUGCCACAGGAGGGCGCUGAGGUGGUGAUCGGCCAUACAAGUGCGCCUGGCGAGGGAGGAAUUUUGGCUCAGAAGGAAUACGAUCGCAAGUUCUCUCCUCACUAUCUGGACUGGGCAGCAUUUGGAGUGAUGACGCUGCCCUCCAUCGGCAUUCCACUGCUGCUGUGGUACUCCAGCAAGAGGAAAUAUGAUGCCCUCAAGUCGAAGAAAAACUAGUACCGCCUUACUCAAACUUUGGUCAGACAUCAAACUAUGGAAGGGUGUUGGGAUUUUCUAACUAUGCAGUAAUUUUUUUUAAUGUAAGUGAUGUUCCAGGCAGUAAACACUAGAUUGUUUAUUUCCAACGAUUAAUUUUUAUGAGAACCAAUUGAGAAGUCAAAAUAUUCCUUGUGAUAGUUACCCAAAAAUAAAAGUUUGCAAUGACUUGUGUUUUCAAGAAUUCAGUUAUUUAACAUAGCACAUUUGUAUCAUUUAGCAUACAGUUUACAUGCUGAGAUACAUUACCCUUUAUAUUUUUACUGGGCUUACAAGCUCAAGGUGAAAUCCACAUGAGGGCACAACUUUCUGAAAUAGUCGAAAUGCCACCAUAAUUGUGAUUUGCACCUGUAUCAUGUUGUAAAUUUGUUUGAUGUAACGCAAGUCACUGAAAAGCAGUACUGUCAUUGCAUUUGAUUCAAAUAAAAAAACUUCCUCAUUGAAUACA